UUUUUAUCCAGUGGGUGAGAGAGAGAGGUUUGGCUUUCUGAAACACAUUAUUGUUCAAAAGGGAGACUCAUGGAGACUUUGUGUUUCUCAGUAAACCUCUAUAUUGCUUUCUGUUUGUUUGGAGUCUAUGUCUCAUCAUCUUUUGCUUUUCCCUCUAAACAAGACACACAGCCUGCAGCAUUUGUAGGAAGCCAGGACUCCAAAAACACUUUCUAUGAGCAAAAAAGUAGUGCAGCUGAGGAGCGGGAGCGGGUGAACACCAUCACUGUUAAGUGCCAUCCAGACUCAAUGGAAAUUGUUGUCAAGGCUGAUAUGUUUGAAGUGGGCGCUCCUAUUGACGGGGACGAGCUGCGCCUUGGAGUGGAGCAUAUUGAUUUCUGCAAAGCUGCAGCAUCUUCAGAAGAUGAGUACAGAAUUGUCGUUGGACUGCUGGACUGUGGCACCAAACAUUGGAUGACUGAGGAUUCACUGAUCUAUACAAAUCUCCUCAUUUACUCUCCUAUGGCCUCUCCGGAUGGGGUGAUACGAAUGGAUGAGGCUGUCAUUCCAAUUGAGUGUCAUUAUGGAAGGAAGUACAGUUUGUCCAGUUCCUCACUCGCACCCACCUGGAUCCCUUUCACCUCGACCCAGGCUGCAGUGGAAACCUUGGAGUUCGGCUUGAGGAUCAUGACGAGUGACUGGCUGUAUGAGAGGAGCUCUAACGUCUUUUACCUCGGUCAGCCCAUUCACAUUGAAGCCUCCGUGAGGGUCGGCCAUCACAUUGGGCUCAGAGUCUUUAUCAGCAGCUGUGUGGCCACCCUGGACCCAGACAGGCACUCUGUUCCCAGAUACGUCUUCAUCGAGAACGGGUGCUUGGUUGAUUCCCAGCUUCGAGGCUCAAACUCGCUCUUCUUACCGAGGACACAGGAUGACGAGCUCCAACUGGUCAUUGAAGCCUUCAGGUUCCAUAAUGAGGACAGGGGACAGCUCUACAUCACUUGUCACCUUAAGGCUGUACCCAUAAAUGAUGCAGAGCUGCAAAAUAAGGCAUGCACCUACAUCAAUGGAAGAUGGCGGUCAGCUGACAACAACGACUACGCCUGUGGACAAUGUCAAGGCCAAAAUGAAGUCGGCCAAACCCACAGUAUACCGAGCAGCUAUGGCACAUUUGGUCCUCGUGCUCCCGGCAAGCCUGAGUCCCGCUGGAGGAGUGGACUGAAGGCCAACAAAGUAUGGGAACAUGAGGAAAGUGUGGGUCCCAUGCUCGUCUUACCUGCCAGGCACAAAAGUGGGCCCCUGCCUGUGGAAGAGCUCCCUCCCCUCCUCACUAAAAUGAGCGGACAGUCGCUGUACGGCAGCCAGUGGAAAAGUGGAAUCAACUUCAAAACGGGCCUGGAGAAGGGACUGCUCCCUGACCUGACGCCUCCACCUGCUCAGGGAGCCCUCGGCGACUUGACCACCGACAUGCCUCAGGCAAAAGUUUCUGAGCAGAACGAGGGAGAGGAUUCCCACAAGGAUUUGGGUGAGGCCACUGCCGAUAAAGACGUGGCCCCUCGUAGCAAUGCAACUCUCAGCAUUACUUCUAAACCAGUGGAAUCGCCUGAUGAGCCGUUACACAGCACGGACAUCAGCACCACAGAGGCCCCCGCUGACGUCGGCCACACCGACCCUGAUCUGCUGGAUGUGACGACGCUGCCAACAACUGCAGGACCUGACCUUUCAAAUAAAGAUGACCCUAAAAAAUAAAAGGAACUUUCUGCUU